AUGGAGUCGGAGGACAAGACCACGACCGAGGUGCGCGAAGGGAAUCCCCCGGCCCCAACGAAGAACGAGGAUCCCAAGGCGCCAAACGAGAGCGGUGCCAAGUCAGCUGAAGGCGAGACCAAGCCCAACGACGCAAACCAGAAGCCAGCCAAGGAGAAAAAGUGCUCCAAGAAACACUCCAAGCGCAAGGCGAAGAAGGGCAAGAAGGCAGCAUCCCCCGCAGAUUCGACGUCGGAUUCUGACAGUGACGAUGGUGCCGAUGAAACCUCGUCGUCCUCGUCGUCGGACGAGAGCCAGUCGGAGGCAGAGGACUCCAAGACGACGAAGCGGUCGGCCAAGAAGCGACGGGAUUCGCAGAAAUCCAAACGGAAGACGCGCACGAAGAAGCAGAAGAAGGCCACCAAGACGCGGGAUCCCUCUGACUCGGACUCGGAUUCGGAUUCUUCCGACAGCGAGGUUAGUGAUGGCUCGGACGACGAAGGGAGCCAGCGGGCACAAACAGACCUGGCGAAGCAGAUCCAGCUACUCCUCCUUCAGCAGCAGCAGCAGCAGCAACAGAGUGACGGCUCGUACCAGUACGCUACUGGUCUCAACAACGCCAUUCCCCCUUCCAUCUACGACACCGGGUUGCGCCCCGCGCCGCCGCGGCCCCGCCGCGGAAUGCCCCGUUCAGGUGGACGGGCGAACCUCAACCUCGGCGGUAUUGACCCCAGCCUUCUCGGGCUGGAUGCCAAGCAGCAGCAGAAGGACAAGAAGAAGCGGCAAAAGGCCACGAAGCUCGACUACAAGCGGGUCGAUCAGGUGUGGGACGACAGCAUCCACAACUACAAGCUCCAGGACACGGCUGAGGGGACGGUGGAUGCCAAGUACGAAGAGUUCAUCUUCCACGUCCGCCGUACCUUUGACUGGGAGGGCAAAUACAAGGCCACGAUUGUCGACAUCAAGAGCAAGCUGCUCCGGGAGUGCCUGCAGGAUGUCAUUGGCGACAUCAAGGGCGUCAGCUUGGUUGAUGACACUCCCAAGCUGGAUCCCAAUAUGCUCUUCCUGUAUCUCGAGGAUCUCCAAAACCACAUGAAGGAGCUGAAGAAGGCCAAGCCGGCCAAGGGCGAUAAGCAUGAGCGCAAGAAGGAGCAGAAGCGAAUCGAGACCAAGCGCCAGCAUCUAAAGGUUCUCAUCAAGUACAUCAACAAGGACUAUGCCGAUGUCAAGAACAGUCUCUACCCCAUGCUGGAGAACGGCCUCAUCACGUUUGACCUGCUUUGGGCGCUAUGGAAACCCAACACGCUCGCAUACACCACCACGUACGGCUCACACGACGAACCGCGCGUGUUCAAGGUGGAGAUGGCCGAAAAGCACCACGGCCUCAUGAGGGGCGACUACUACUACAUCGAGGGCAAGUACUUUGAGUACGACGGCAAGCAGUUCGGCUUCGGCAGCAUGUCGGAGGACAUUGGCGACUUCCGGGGCGCGCGCAAGAUCACCAGCCUGGGGUGCUACCCACUCAAGUACCACAAGAACGAGGCGCAGCUGCGCAAGGACCUGGUUGAGCGCGGCAAGAAGUUUGUGUCGCUCAGCGGGGUGCACUACAAGAGCCACCAGGGCAUGGCCUACUACAAGAAGAAGAAGUCCGUCAUCAAGGUCAACAUCAACGGCCGCAUCAUGGUGGACCCGAGCAUCCACCGGCGCAUCAAUCCCAACUACCCCAUCUCGCUGGUGAGGCCCAAGGACCACGAUGUUCUCUCGGACGAUGAGGACUCGGAUGACGAAUCCGGCUGCUGCGGGUGCGAUUCGGAGACGGGCGACGAGAACAGCGACGGCGAGAGUGUCAAGUUCGUGACCAAGGUCAUUCAGGAUCGCAAGGGCAAGGUGCAGCUCAUCCGCAUGCCCAAGAUGGAUGACGAAGAGGAGGGUGGAAAAGAGAAGCUCGACAAGGUGGCGGCCAAGGGCGAGGACUCGGCGCAGGAGAACAGUGAUGAGGGGUCGUCCACUGGAGCAGGCGACGGUAAGGCGAGGCCUGUGCCCGAGUUCAGCGACGAAGAGUAUCUGAUCGCUUCUCCUGUGGUGCUUGGGUUCGCCUUUGCCGAGAAGCUCUGGCUCGAGUUUACCGUCUCGGGUGUCAAAGAGAUCCAGUGGAACGAGACGGCUUACGACUCGCUGGUGCUCGAGCCCAAGACCAAGGAUAUUGUCAAGGCGCUUGUCGAAUCCCACAAGUACCACGCAGCCGAAAGCAUCGACGACGUAAUCCAGGGCAAGGGCAAGGGUCUGGUUGCCGUCCUCCACGGACCUCCGGGCACGGGUAAGACUUUGACCGCGGAAGGCAUUUCGGAGCUGCUCAAGUGCCCCCUGUACAUGGCAUCGGCCGGCGAAUUGGGCACAGAUUCGCGGUACCUGGAGAGCGAACUCCAGAAGAUACUGGAUAUCUGCCAUGCUUGGGGCGCAAUCCUUCUCCUGGACGAGGCCGAUGUCUUCUUGGAGAAGCGCAACAUGCACGACAUCCACCGCAACGCCCUCGUCAGCAUCUUCCUCCGACAGCUCGAGUAUUUCCAGGGCAUCUUGUUUUUGACGACCAACAGGGUUGAGACGUUCGAUGACGCGUUCCAGUCACGCAUCCACAUCGCGCUGCGGUACGACAACCUUGACCACCGGGCCAAGAAGGCCAUCUUCAAGAUCUUCAUCGAACGGGUGCGGGUGCUCGAGAAGAUCAACCUAAUGCCUUUUACGGAAGAGGACUACACAGCGCUGGCGCGGCACGAGCUCAACGGGCGGCAGAUCAAGAACACGGUGCGCACGGCGCAGGCGCUGGCCGUCAACAAGGGGGAGCCGCUCUCCAUGAGCCACAUCCGGCAGGUGCUCGAUGUGCAAACCAACUUUGAGCGCGACCUCAAGGGCGGCACUGGCUACCAGGAUGCCAUGAGGAGUUAUUUUUGA